CUUGAUGAGAUAGCAUAAAUGGAAAUGGUCUAAUAUUUCCAUCGUCAAAAGUAUCCCCAAUCUCCUAAGUCCUUCCUUCGUCUUCGAUUCACACAAACACGAUCCUAAUCUUCAGUUGAAUCAAGAAGCCAUGGAUAACAGCAGCAGCAUCAAUUCCACCGCCUCCAACCUCAGCACGUCUUCCCUCGAGAAGCUAGAUCAGGCGGCGAGCUGGGUCAGCACAACCGUCAUAUCCGCCUUCUUCGCCUCCCUCGAGCGUUGCGCCUGCGUCAAUCUAUCCACCUCCGAUGAUGACGACGACGACGACGACUACAACGAGGAAUCCCACAAUCGUCCCCUUGCUCUCUCCGCCGCUCCCCAACCAGAAGACAUCGUUUAGAUCUGGGAUUUGAUUGUAUAAACUGAUUAUGCUUUGUCUCUGAAAGGAUUUGUGGAGUUUUUAUUUAUUUAUAUAUGCUUAGUUUUGGAUUUGGUAUCUGAACUUUUGUUGGAGUGAUUUGUAGAACCAGAGGAAACUGUGCUGAAGAAACGAUUGGUCUGUUUUCUGA